UCUCGGUGUACCCCGGCGGGAAGCGGACCCCCUCCGCCGUCCUCCUCGCAGACACGGUUGACCGCGCUCUCCCUCCGCCCCGCCGCAUUUCUCGCCCCCUUCCUCCCUCCUCUGUCCAAAACUCCGGCCUCCUCCUCGGCACACCACCCCCACCAUAACCCAACCCCAAUGGCGGAGGCGCUGCUGCUCGCGUGCCACCUCGCCCUCGCUCUCUCCCUCCUCGCCGCCUCCUUUUCCCACCUCCUCCUCGCCGCCGUCUCCCACCUCUCCCCCUCCUCCCUCCACCACCACGGCAGCCACCCGCUCCUCCGCCUGCUCCGCCACCCGCUCCUCCGCCUCCUCCCGCCGCUCCUCGCGCUUCCCCUCCCCUUCCUCCCCCUCGCCGCCACCGCCUCCGGUCUCCUCCCGCUCCUCCUCCUCCCGCCGCUGCUCCUCCUCCUCCCGCUCCCCUUCCUCCCUCCCCACCUUCCCCUCCUCCGCCCGCUCCUCCUAUCACUACCCCUCCUCCUCCUCGCGCGCGCCGCGGGGCUCCUCGCUGCCUCAUUCCCGACCACUGACCUCCAGCAGCACGCGCUCGCCGUCGCGCGCCUCCUCCUCCUCGCCGCUGCUGGGGCCUCGCUCGCCUCAUCCCUCUCCGCGCCCAGGUCCCCUGCUCUCUUCGUCGCCGAGGCGGCGCUGGCCUGCGCGGGCGCCGUGGGCGGGCUCUGGGCGGCGCAGAGCGGGCUCAGCCUCUACGUCGACGCGUGCGUGCCCGCCGGGUGCCACCGCCUCUUGGACUCUGGCGCCGCUGCGCCGGCCACGCGGUGCGACGUCGAGGAGGCCGGACUCAGGGCCGUCGCUGUCAUGGACCUCGCCCUGUCCGUGCACUGUGUCAUUGUGGCCGCCGUCGCGGCCGCGGUGUGCCUCGGGGUGGCGAGGUGUUGCGGGGUGGACGGUGGCGCCGACGGCGGUGCCGGUAUUGGGAGGAGGCGUAAUGGAUCAUCAUACGAUGCAUUGCCCACGGUGGCGGUGGCUGGGGCGGUGGCGGAGAUGGAGCAUUUGUCGGGGAAGGGUGUCACCGGCAAGAGCGUGGCGCAGGAAUGAGCUAUGAUGCGUCGUAUUGGAUUAAAUAGGUGUCAAGUCUAUGAAUAAAGACAGGCGAACAUCAUACAAAGGAAAGUAAGUGUUUAGCACUAUAGCUUUCUUUUGAUACUAAAACUGUUUUUUAUUUUUUAUUUUUUUGCAUCCAUGUACUAGGUGUUUGGGCAUCAAAGCUGGUGGUUAAACUGCAGUUGGGAAUCAAAAUGUAACCAUGAGUCGGACCAAUUGAUGGCACAGUCAGAUACCAUUGGGCAAAGCUCUCUUAAAAAGAUAUUCCCACUGGGCAAAGUAUAUGGUCCCUUUCUAGGCGGUUGCGCUAUGUUUGCCACUUUACCACUCUGUAAUCCAACCAGCACCUUCUUGUUUAAUUGUACCUCAGCUGAUGCCUGUAUUGGUCAGAUUAGUUUAGUAGUUUGUGUUAACCGCAUCAUGCAUAGUAGCUUCUGAACACUAUAUAAAUGUCCACUAAGUUCUCGCAUUUUCCGUGUGCCUCCAAUGUUGUCUGCACUGAAGUCUAGAACUAACAGUGACAAUUGGCAUGGCUCUCUUGGUCCCUCUCUCCCUUGAAGGCUCUCUCUGGUAAGCCUGGUUGGCCUUACAAAAGGCUCUCUCUGGUAAGCCUGGUUGGCCUUACAACUAUGCAGCAUACCUUCGUGAGAAAGCCUUCAGGGAAGAGGGAACCCAAGCAAGCCACAGUGCCUGUGUCUAACUGCCAAGGUGUGUGGUGAUAGUAGUUUGUGUAUUUGAUCAAUUGCUUGAUUUUUAUGGGAACAUGAGUAACCGUUUGUUGUGUUGCUUGUUCAAAAUGAACUUAGCUUUGUCGGUUGACAUCGGUCGCUAGAUAUAACAAAUGGACAAUGGGGGAGUUGUAAGUUUCUUAUCUUUACAAGGCAGAUGAUGCUAUUGAUCAUUUUAGAGAUCAUGUGUGAUGAAAAAUUGAUUUAGUGAUGAAAUUGGCAAAACAAAGUGAUAUAGCAUUAUGAUGUAGAUGAUGUGUGUGUUGCUAAUAUGUUAAUUGGAUAUACUAGUGGGAGCAUAGUUGGUUUACACGUUUCUAUUAGCGUAGUUGUGUUUUUGAUAUGGAUGUAAUGAACUGAUCUUGAGUUAAGUUAGAAAAAACUUAUACUCAUAUAUACUUUCAAGUUUGUUUAU